AUGCCGGCGGACACGCCGGGGCGGCCGGGGACCUCGCCGCGGGCAGCCGCGCUCGCCAGCGCCAGCCGAACCCCAAGCCGGCUCCGGGCUGCGGCCGCGCACCGGAAGGUGGGGCCGGGUCGGGCCUGGGCGGGAGGCGCCGGGGGGGACGGGGGGACACGGGACUCAGCCACGGCCCACGGCCCGCCUGCAGCCCUCCAAGCCGGUCACGGAGAAGCGGCGCCGAGCGCGAAUCAACGAGAGCCUCGCCCAGCUCAAGGCCCUGCUCCUGGACGCGCUCAGGAAGGAGAGCGCCCGCCACUCGAAGCUGGAGAAGGCGGACAUCCUGGAGCUGACGUGAGGCGCCUGCGGAGCCUGCGGCGCGGGCCGGCGGCAGGUGAGCCGCGGUGGGAGACGGAGGGGCGCUGCGCGGGGCCGCCCGGCGAGCCACCGCCCGUCCCGCUGCCUCCAGCCGCGCCGCGCGCCGCCGCCGCCGCCCUGAGCAGGUACCGCGCCGGCUUCAGCGAGGGCCUGGCCGAGGUGCACCGCUUCCUGGCCGCCUGCGAGGACAUCCCGGCCGACGUGCGCUCCCGCCUGCUCGGCCACCUGGCGGCCUGCCUGGGCCACAUGGGGCCGCCCAGCCGCUCCGCGCGCCCGGCCCCCGCUACGGAGGGCCCCACGCCAGAGGUCUCCGUGGGCCACCCGCCGCUGCCCGGCUUCGAUGGCCCCUUCGCCCCGCUGCGCCCCGAACCCGCCUUGGCGCCGCCGCUCCUGCCGGGCCUGACCCGUGCGCCCCGCGCCGCCCCCUCGGCGGGGCUGCAGGGCCGCAGUGCGCCCUGA